AUGGCCUAUCCCCCUCAGUCUCCGGUUGCCCACCAGCACAGUCUCGCCAUCCACCAGCCCCCGGACACAGAGUUUUCUCCCCAGCAGAACAUCCCGGUCCAGAUCAACCGAGGCUACUUUCACCAAGAGACGCUGGACAAGCUGCACUCGCAUCCAUAUGCCCAUCGUGCCAUCAUGUCGGUCCCAUCCCAGGCUCCCGGGCCCUCUCAGCCAGCUCAGGCAGGCUCUCCUGCGCUCGACCAAUCCGUCAACAGCUAUUCGUUCAAACCGACCGUCCCUGGCCCACUCUCUGGGCCGGUACUUGCACCAGAGCUUCAGCAAAGCCUGGCAAACUCCAGGAGCCCAGCAUCCAGUCUCCCAAGUAUGCUACCCGCUGUUCCCUCGACCUCGGGGCCCGCAUCGUCUCGUCAGUCCGACUCGACUGGAUCAUUAUCUCCGAUGACCAAUCAAGAUCAUUCCCUGCCGGCCCCCGUGUUUUCCUCAACCUCCCCCGUCACAAACAGGACCGAUGUUCUUCUAGGAGACCCUGCGGCGAGGAACAGGAAAUACGUGGUCGAACGAGACAUCCAGUGUAUCAAGUGUUCGUCAGUCAUCGGCCGGUUAUUACUUAGGGGAACACAAGAGGAAUUUGAGCACCAGUACAGUCUGUACUUUCAAUGUCCUCGCUGCCACAAUACACCCGUCCUUCCAGUCGUCAGCCGCAAACGUACCCGGACAACUGAAGAUACCUCCUUGCCGACCAUAUGCGACGUCUGCCACCGUACGCGUGGCAUCGGUGGCGUUGUCAUGAAGGAUCGCGAAAUUAGCGUCCCAUAUGCGAUCGAGGUAAGUCUAGCGAUCGGUUCUUACACGUAUUCCCGAUGCAGCGAUUGUGGUGGCGGGUUCCUGGGGAACCGUAAAACUUGCCGGCUUUCUCACGCCAGGCUCGGCCACGGAGAAUUGGAGAUUGGUGUAUGGAGAGCCCCACAGGAGCUUAAAGGUCAGAAGGACCUCCAGUCGGUGAUUGCUUCGUGCAAAAAACUUUGGCAAGAACGCGUAUUGGCGAAGCUAGCAACCCCCGAAGUGCUUGAAGGCGAUCAAGAACAACCGCUACGUACUUACGAAGAUAUCGACACGGUUCUUGCGCGCGGGUGGCCGGCACACGAGAGCUUACUUUUAGAAUUCCCGCCGGAUGUGGGGUUGCAUAAGCGUUACAUUUGUUUGCUUUGGACAAAGAGCAAGGGUCGUAGAAAUCGCAAGCCAAAUCCCAAUCCCGAGCCAGUCAACGCGGACGAUCCGGAUCAGUUGGCAGAAGGAUUAAGGAGAACACGCGAUUUUGCGCCUGAAGGAUGCACGUUGGUCGCCAUCUUUGUAUGCGAUUGGAACAUGGUGAAUGGCACGGUGUUAGUUUCGACUUCAGUGCCAUUCGAGUCACAAGAUGCCGAGGAUCGAGGAGCUGUGUCCAUGGGUGAAGUACUUGGCCAGAUCCUCCGGGAUCGAGCGGAACACAACGUAAAGAACCCGGAUAAUCCUGUCCCCGCGCCUCUGCAUCUUUGGGUUGGGAUAAAAGCUGUCUCUCCGCUCCAUGGGGCCAGAUUCAUCGACAGCAUGAAUAGGCGCGGGUUCCUUUUGCUCAGCGAAUACAUUGCAAGGCACCCGGAUGUAAAUGCUGAUAUAUUUAGUGAACCACCGUUUGGACAUUUGUGGCUGGACGAUCCAUGGGCCAGUACAGACAAGAACGAUACCCGUCCAGUAGAGAUCUUGGUACGCUGGCUCGGAAAGGACCUCGACGAAACCCAACUGGAAAAGCUCAAGGGAGUUGAGUACGGAAAACGAGCGCGGGAGACUGGCCGCGCGAAAAAGCGUCGAUAG